UCCUUUGUCAUAUCGAUGGCUGGGUCCGCCACCUCGACCGGCGGGAGCGGUCCGUCGAAUCCUCCGAAAAUCCUACUAGCAAAGCCGGGACUCGUGCCGGGGACUCCGGUGGCGGGUAAAUUCGGGCGUGGCGGCACCGGCGACGAGUACACGACGUCGCUUCGGUCCCGUCUCCCUUCUUCUAUCGGAUCCCUCAACCUCCUCUCUGAUUCCUGGGACUUCCACAUCGACCGCUUCCUUCCGUUUUUGACUGAGAACACUGAGUUUACGGUGGUGGGGGUGAUCGGUCCAACGGGGGUCGGCAAGUCCACGAUUAUGAACGAGCUUUACGGCUUCGAUGCCACCUCACCUGGAAUGUUACCCCCAUUUGCUAUAGAGACGGAAGAGGGUAAAGCAAUGGCAAGGCAUUGCAGCAUGGGCAUUGAACCCCGGGUUUCUGCUGAACGCAUUAUCCUUCUCGAUACUCAGCCUGUUUUUAGUCCUUCUGUUUUAGCUGAGAUGAUGAGACCUGACGGCUCAUCAACCAUUCCUGUUCUACCUUCAGCCGAGUCUUUAUCUGCUGAGUUAGCUCAUGAGCUUAUAGGUAUUCAGCUUGGUGUUCUUCUGACCUCCAUCUGUCACUUUUUGCUGGUUAUAUCAGACGGAGUUCAUGAUCAUAAAAUGUGGCGUCUAAUGUCCACGGUCGACCUCUUGAAACAUGGCAUUCCUGAUCCAUCAUCACUGACCCUUGCCCCUUCCCAAAGCUCUAAUACAGGGCCUGAAAAGGAUAGAGAGAAAGUUCAUGAAGGCAGAGAAUAUAUGGCUAUGCCAGUCUUUGUGCACACAAAACUGCGUGAUCGUGAUCUUAGUCCACAUAAUAUUGCGCGAUUGAGGAAGGCACUUGCACAAUAUUUCAGUACCUCUUCUCUCACGAAGGCAGACAAUGGAAACACGUCCAUAAGUCGUGAUCCAGAUUCUGUGGCUCCUGGUACUCAAAGUCAUGAUCUGGAUUCUUUAAUGCCAAGUUUGUUUGUAAUCCCAACAAAGAAUAAAGAUGACUCCCCAGGAGAUCAGUAUGAAAGUUAUACCUCUAUGCUAUGGAAAUUGCGAGAUAAGGUUUUAUCAAUGAAUUCUCCUCCAUUUGGAAGGACGGUGACGGAACGUGACUGGUUGAAGAAUUCUGCAAAGAUAUGGGAACUGGUGAAGAGCUCUCCGAUCAUUGCAGAAUACAGCAGAACACUUCAAAGUUGUGGAAUGUUUAGGAGAUAAACAGCUUCAAUGACUGAUGCCCGCCUUUCUUAACUCUCAAGGUGACAAUGUGGUUUGUUCGACGUCAAUUAUUUAGUUAGUGGUUAGCAUGCCCUAAUUUUUAACAUCUCCAUUCACACUCAGUGUCUAGUUUAGCACUUGAUUAGCGAAGGAGAUUGAAAGUUGGAGAACUUGAUGUGUU